AUGGUUACAGGCUACAAGGAAGCCAAGACUACUACUGACAAGCUGGAUAAAAAGAUUGAAGAACUUCAAAAACAGCUGGCUGUGCUAAGGGAGAGGCAGAACAAACUUGGGGCUGGACUAGGUACUAAGACCAAGGCCACUUUCCUUGUGCAGAACAUGGUUGUGGCUUCUAGGCCAGCAUUGAAAAUUGCAUUGGUCUCUCUUCAUCAAGGGAUCCUUCUCCAGCAAGAAAUUUCUACCAAAAAGACCGGAUUGCAAGAGACCCUUAGGAAACUAGGGCUUUAA